AGAGAAAAAAAACAAAAACAAGUAGAGAAGCGGGAAUACAACUGAAUUAGGGGAAAUAGGAAUCUAUCUUCGUCUUCGAUGACUGAUAUAAAAGUAGCCAAUAGACGACGAGACGAAGAAGACGACUGAUUUGUUUCUGUAGCGUACGAUUGUAUAUCAAGAGCGAAGGAGAAUCGGAUUCGAGAGAGAGACGACGAGGGGUUUCGAGAUGGAAGAACAUCGGAAGAAUAAUAAAUGGACCAAGGAGGAAGAAGAGGCGCUUGUCGCCGGAAUAGCCAAGUACGGUGCCGGAAAAUGGAAGAAAAUUUUAGUUGAUCCCGAAUUCGCCCCUCAACUUUCAGGUCGCGAUAACAUUAACCUCAAGGAUAAAUGGCGUAAUCUGACAAAGACACAAGCACUCAAUGAAUCUUCUCCAAAUAAUUCAUCGGAUAUGAGCAAUGAAUCUAGGUUUGAUGCAAUGGUUUUUGAGGCUAUUUCAACAAUCAAUGAUGAAAAUGGUUCUUAUUACAGUAGGAUUCUCAGCUUUAUCGAGGAACGACACGAGGUACCACAAAACUUUGGGAAACUGUUGAGUGACAGCCUGAGACGCCUUGUUUCUCAAGAAAAACUCGAAAAUAUACUAAACCGAUACAAGAUCUCCAAGAGGAAAGCAACAACACAAAUCCUGAAUCCAAAUGAUUCUGUGGUGUCAACAACAUCAAAAGUAACACAAGAGAUAGACUCAGCAGUAGAAGCAAAACGAAUCAAGGAGUUUGUAGAGGAUAUCGACGAAUGGCGCGAACAACCGCAAAACUUUAGGGAGUUUGUGAAUGAGAUCCUCACACUUCUCAUUUCUCAAGGCAAACUGGACAAGGAAUUAAAUCGUUACAGGAUCUCAGAUUUGGAGAAAAAAGUGCUCGAAGCAGCACCAGAAGUUGUAGCAAUGAAACUUGCAGAGUCAGAUUACAGAUGUUAUAUCGCAGUAGAGGCAGUCGAAAAAGAACAGGAAAUACAGAAGUUGAUAGACGAAAACGACACCCUGCUUCAACUAUGCUUACAAAUACACGAACAAUGUUCCCUUGGAAAAGAGGUUCUUAAAGAGAUUUAGUAGACACAAUCUUAAAUCAAGUAAAUAGCGUUACUUUCUGGUUUGGUUCAAAGUAGAUAAUAUUCGUGGACCGGUUCUUUGAUAUUGAGUAAGAGAAUAGAUAUAGUGAGAUUUCGUUUGACUACCUAUUUGGUGUUUUUCGGCUCUGUUAUCUUUUACAGUUUUUAGAUGGAUGUUUAACUUUCUGAUUGUAGUGGGAAAACUAAUGUUCACUGUUUUGUUAAUAAAUAAAAGUGUUUAGCAUUUAGUAUUCAGAUUUUUUUUCUCUUUAAAAUGAUGUGUCUUUGAGUCUUGAGAAUGGUAAGUAAUAAAGCAUUAAAAGUUGUGAGGAAGCUGUGAGAUAAUGCCAUUGACUGAUCAUUAUUUCUCGCAUAAAAACCGAAUCGACAGAGAGCUUUAUCAAGCUUUAUCUUGUGUGGAACUUUUGCCAUAUUCAUGAAGCAACUCUUGUACAGAAGCAAGCUUCAUCAUCAUUAUCAUCAUCAUCACUCUCUUUCGCUUCGUCUCUUCCAGGUGCUCUUGGCAAAAAGGUUAUCUUACGGUAAACAGCCUUUGACUAGUGUUUACAGGAUAGUGAACCAAGCAAAUAGCUUUACUUUCUGAUUUGGUUCAAUUGAUAU